UCUCUAGCUACCAAUAGUUUAGAUCUUCCCAAGUUAUCUCUUGAAACCCUAAUUGAUCGAGUAUCCCUGUAUUCAGUUUCUUUCUUUCUUUCUUUCUUUCCUUCCUUCUUGUUUAGAGGACUUCUUGCAGGAAAUCAACUCCUUUUGUGUGUAUGAUAAUGGCACCACCACAUGGAGAGGCAAUUGUUAGCCCUUACACUAAGAGUACUAACAACUGCUCCAAGCCACCAAGAAUGUCGAACGAGAAUCUUCAACGAACAAUAUCUGAUAUCUCAUUUGAAAUGAGCAAAGAAGCAAUAGUUGACAUAAAACUCCCACCCAUAUCGGAGGUUGAAGAUGCAAAAUGCGAGUGUUGUGGCAUGUGUGAAGAGUGCACGCCUGAAUACAUUGAUCGAAUCCGGAACAAGUUUUUAGGGAAGUGGAUCUGUGGGUUGUGUGCUGAGGCAGUGAAAGAAGAGAUGGAGAAAGAUGGAGGCAAGAAAAUAGAGGACGCACUGAAUGCGCAUAUGAGCGCUUGUGCUAGGUUUAACAAGUUUGGAAGGGCUUAUCCAGUGUUGUUCCAAGCUGAAGCAAUGAGGGAGAUGUUGAAGAAAAACACAAGGAGGACUAAGUCUUUCAGUCCUAAAGGUGCUCAAAAGAACGGAGGGAUUGCCAGGAGUUCAAGUUGUAUUGCUGCUAUUACAAGGGAUAUGUUUAAUUUCACAAUGCCAAAUUGAUGGGUACCUGCCAAAAAUUAACCUAUGCCCUUAUCUAUUAUUUUCUUUUGAAUGUUUUCAAAAUCCUGCUACACCUAGGAUUUUGUUUAGCAAUGAACAAAUCUAGCUAGUACCCGAUUCAGGCCACAUUGCCUAUCUUUUUCCUAGGACCCAUUUUUAUGGAAUCUACCUCUAUAAUUACCUUAAAAAGUACUCUUUUGGGGGUUGAGAUACAAUCAUCCUUUAUCCCCUCUUCAACUAAUCCUCCUUUUUUAUCCCAACUUCAACUAAGGGACAUUUUAAUUUCUUCCCCUGGUUGAUUCUUCUUUUCACUCUUUAGACCAUUUUAUUACAUGAUCAAAGUGAAUUAUUUCUAGGCUAUAAGUUUUGAGUAAGACCCUAAAAAUCAAAAAACCGAAAUAUUAACAACGUUGAUAUUGUUUUUCUUCCCCUCCUCCCUCUUUUGGUGGUGGGAUUGGUUCAAAAUUUUCUACUCUCUUGUUAUUCCUUCCAGUUUGUUAACUAUCAAAGUUAUGUGCCUAGCAGUUAUUUUCUUUGCCAAAAUGUAGCAAACGUCGAACUGAUGAUCAUCAGUCUAUGUAAUGUAAUAAUUAUCAAGGCUUUCAGCAGUUGGAUGUUGCAGAGAGCUGCAAAAGUUCUCACCUUUGCUCUUUCCAUUUUCUAUGUACUCAAUUUAUGUAACUAGAUGUAUGAAUUAUGAACUAAAUAAAUUAAUAUGUUGCUUGGGAUA